AUGAACUCAAGCACCUCCUCCAUGGACAAGGCCGCCGACAAGUGGGACGAGCAUGCCGUGCCUGUCUCUGUCCCGCAUGGCAAGGGCGAGACGGCACUCGCAACCGUCGAAGGCAUGGACCCCGCUACAGCUGAGAUGGCAGCCCGUGCUCGCGAGGCCGAGAACUCGCUCGGUCUCUGGCAGGCAUUCAAGGCAUACCGCUGGGCUGUGUUCUGGAGCAUCCUCGUUUCAAUGAACAUUGUCAUGGAGAGUUACGACACGAUUCUCCUCUCGUCGUUUUAUGGGUACGACUCAUUCAACGAAAAGUUUGGCGAGCGCCUUCCGAGUGGAAAGUACUCUCUUCCUGCCGAGUGGCAGAGUGCCAUCUCGCUGGCCGCAUCGGUCGGUAUCAUCUUUGGUAUCCUGCUCAACGGCCUGAUUAUCGACCGGUACGGGCACAAGGUCAUCAUGAUGUGGUCGCUCGUCGCCCUGUGCGGAACCAUCGGACUCAUCUUUGGUGCGACCUCGCGCGGCAUGCUCCUCGCUGGCCAGUUACUUUCCGGUAUUCCAUGGGGCACACUUAACGUCAUUGCCCCGGCGUACGCUAUUGAAGUUGCGCCGACCGUGCUGCGUCACUACGGUCCGACAUUCGUCAAUCUCUGCUGGGUAAUUGGGCACAUUAUCGCCGUCGGCGUGCUGGUCGGCUUGCAGAGCAACACAACCGAGUGGGGCUGGAAGAUCCCUUUUGCGCUGCAGUGGGCCUUCCCCAUCCCGCUCCUGAUCGGAGCGUAUCUUUGUCCCCCCAGCCCGUGGUGGCUCGUCCGGCGCGGACGUAAGGAGGAAGCAGUACAGGCCAUGCGCCGUCUGGCCGACGACACGGUCAACCACGUCGAAGUGGUCGCGCUCAUCGAGCACACGGUCAAGCUCGAGGAGAUGCUCCAGUUCGGAAGCUCGUACGCCUCCUGUUUCCGAGGCGUCGACCGGCGGCGCACAGAGAUUGCCAUUGUCGCGUGGUGCGCCCAAGUCCUAGUUGGAUUCAGUAUCUCGGGAUACCAGGCCUACUUCUUCCGUCUGGCGGGCAUGGCACAGGCCGACAGCUUCAAGCUCACUCUGGGAACAUACUGCGUCGCCUUUGUGGGCACAUCGAGUGCGAUGGCAUUACAACAGCGUUUCGGACGCCGACCACUCUGGUUCAUGGGCCUGCUGAGCAUGUUUGUCAGCAUGAUCGUCAUUGGUAUCCUGGCAUGCCUGCCGCAAACCAACACGAUCCUAUGGGUCGAAGGCGCCAUGGUCCUCGUCUGGUUCUUCAAUUAUGGCUGGUCGCUCGGUCCCCUGCCAUAUGUCAUCUGCUGCGAGAUCGGAUCGGCCCAACUGCGCCAGAAGACAAUCGCCAUCGCCCGCGCUUCAUACUACGUCCUCUCGAUUGUCAAUACCGUCGCAACACCAUAUAUCCUCAACGAGGGCCAGGCAAACUUCAAGGGCAAGGCGGCGUUCCUCCCGGCCGGAUUUAUCGUCGUCCUCGCAGUGUGGUCGUUCUUCCGCCUACCCGAGACUAAGGGGAGGGGCUUUGACGAACUCGACGUCAUGUUCGCCGACAAGGUGCCGGCGCGCAAGUUCAAGACGUAUGUCGUCAAUGAGAGUGAGGCGAGCCACGGCAAGGCGUAA